CCUUGGCCUAUCCGUUUUUCACUCUUAGCUCUCAGUAGCGCCAAACGCGUGCUCUAUUUACUUCAAAUACUUCUAGAUAUUUAGCACAGGAUCAUCGUGGUUUUUGUGUGUUUUUAAUUAAUUUAGAGAGAAAAUGUGGAGGCUAGUUUGUGUGACUCUGAUCGUCUUUCUGACACGGACCGCAGUAAUUGCAGACUCGGAGGAACCGAUCUACAAGGCCGUUGGUGACAAAGUUGUCCUCAAACCAUCACCGUCUGUCAUCGAUCCCACUGAUCCCAUCACCAGCGUCAUGUGGAAACAUGGACGUGACAUCGCUGCGGAGUGGUACGGAGGCGAGGCUUUCUCUUACCGCCACUUCAAAGGUCGCUGCUCUCUGAACAGCUCAACUGGAGCUCUGACGAUCGCAGGACUGACUCGAAACGACAGCGGCAGCUACACGGCAGAGAUCAACAACCGAGGCACCAACGCCACUCAGCUCCAGGUCAUCUCUCCCGUCUCCAAACCCACUGUCUCCACGUGGUGCGACGCUGCGAUGACCUACUGUGUUUUCACCUGUGAAGGUAACGCCACAGAGGCCGAACCAAUCUCGUACAUAUGGGGGGCGAGUGACUUGCUUUGGUACCCUUCACCCAACACGUACCGUAUAACCAAGGAGGAGAAGGAGCGCUCUUUCUACUGUAUGCUGGAUAACCCAGUCAGCUCCAGAAGCAGUGAAUUUGUGCCCAACCCAUUCUUUAGAAGGAAACCUAAUUGGCCGUUAAUCCUCCUCAUACUGUUGGCAGCAUGCAUUCUGCUUGUGUGUGUGAUCUUUAUCACACACAAAUGCAAAGCAGAGGAAGAUGUUGAAGGCACGCCUCAAGAAAAUGCAGAAAUGAUGCCAAAUGGGCAGCCAGCGGUGGAUUAAGACGCAGCAGGUGAUCCCCAAAGCUGAAGGGCUCUUUAAUGAUUCGAUGAAAUAACAGAUUCUGUGUCUCUUAAAGGGUUUCAUCUCUGUGUCUGUCUACUGUGAGCUCCUCUGCUCCAUGCAAACGCUGCUAAAAGCUGCAUUACAGGACUGAAGCACGUUACUCUGCAACGCGACAAGUUGAGGUCGUGCAUUUUUAUGAUUUGCAAGUGAGGUCAUAUUUACAAAGGAUUUGCUGCUACACAGUUUUUACAAUCAUUUACUGAGGCGCUGCACACGUUUAGUACAGAUUUUGUGUGCUUUUUUAGCACCACAGUACAUCUUUGAAAUUAGACAAAAGUGCAGCAAUCCAAUGGUCAACUUUUUAAAAAUAACUUUGCAUCUCUCCUCCUCUUUUUCCUUUUUUUAAAUAUCUCUCGGCAGCUCAAAACAGCAUCAAUAUUUAUUAAUAUUUAUAAUAAACAAAAAGUGACUGUUUCCACACCCUGAUUGCACUGCCGUGGUAUUUAUUUAUGAAUAUGAGAUCGCUGUUACAAGUAUUAUUAUAUCAGAUAAUAUGUCCUUAAAAUGCCAAAGAGAAGAAACACAUAAUAUAUUCUGGAGAUAAAAAGUAGAUUAUCUCUCUGCUUGUAUACAUAUCAGCUGGAAGCGUUUGCUCAGUGAAAGAGAAUUUAAGUAUUCAAUUUAUUUCAGCUUGUGAGAUUUAGUUGUGUGCUUUUCCGGCUGCCGGUGAAAAUGUUUGAUUCCUAAUGUGUCCAGCAGAGGGCGCCACACACACUUUAUUAGCUCAGCAGCUGUAAAUAAAUGUGAAUUUACUUCAUGCAUUAUGAGUAAAUAUGGAUAAAAUUAUGUAUUUACGAUUGUCAAUUAUCUUCAUUCUUAAUUUUCAUUUGUGAAACCUGAUUUUGUUACAUAAAUUCAUUUUUGUCUUA